AUGACGAUCGAUAAGCGCGAUUUCGACGCGAAUCGCCCACUCCUUCAGGAUAUCGACACAGAACAGGACCCAGCCGACCGAAUUGCAGAGUCAUCGCGGUUGAGACCCGCGUCACAAAUUUCACGAAGCUCCGGUAAUGACGGACUUCCACGGAGCGAUGACGGGUUAUUGAACGAUGUCGUCGAGGAGAUCGUCGAGCGUGACAGACGGAAGAUGCAGAAGGAGGUUACUCGAGUGCUUAGCUUUGGAUGGGGUGUUGUUACUUGCCUGGGAGCCGGCAGUAUCACUGCUUUCUCUUUGUAUGGUCAUCUACUCCUGACUCGACUCCAUUACUCGCAGCUCCAGGUCAAUGCUGUUUCUAUCGCCGCCGAAAUCGCAAUGUAUCUCCCCGUCCCCUUAUUUGGCUACUUGUGUGACCGGUACAGCCCGUCGCCACUGGCUCUGUUCUCGGGGCUGGUUUUUGGUAUUGGAUAUCUGCUCGCUGCGUUCACGUACAAGGGUGGCCCGCCUGCUGAUGCGGGCGGCUCUGGGUGGCCGUUCUGGGUGAUGAUUGUGGCGUUUAUCGCUAUUGGUAUGGGGACGAGCUGCAUGUAUCUAGCGGCAGUUGCGACAUGUGCCAAGAACUUCGGCAGAGGGAAACACAAGGGGAUUAUGCUUGCUGUCCCUAUUGCGGCAUUUGGCCUCAGUGGUAUGUGGCAGAGCCAGCUUGGGAUGUAUCUGUUCUAUGAACGUCUCGAGGAUGGGAGUCACGGUGAUCUCGACGUUUUUAGAUACUUCAUAUUCCUGGCGGUGCUGCUGUUGGGGAUCGGGAUAGUCGGUACCUUUGCAUUGCGCAUCGUCGAGGAUGAUGAUAAGUAUAUUGAUGAGACGGUUGAAGAACUAGAGCGCAGCGGACUGCUGGAGGAGAGUGAUUUCUUCCGGCCGCGGAAUGAAAUCAGACAAGUGGUUGAGUACGGCACGUUCUCUGGUGCAUUCGACGAGGAGGAAUCAACCCUGUCCGACGAAGAGCGCGAGCAGCAAAGACUGGAGAAGGAACGUGAGGAAGAAGAGCGCCGCAAAAAGAACUGGCUACUCAACUAUGAAACUCGCGUCUUCCUACAAGACAACACCAUGUGGUGGCUAGCCGCAGGCUUCUUCUUGGUCACCGGCCCCGGUGAAUCAUACAUCAACAACCUGGGCACAAUCAUCCCAACCCUCACACCUCAAUCCUAUCCCACAGGCGCAUCACCCCCGGCCGGAUCCCCAUCAACACACGUCACAACAAUAGCCCUAACCUCGACCAUCGCCCGCCUACUGACAGGCUCACUUUCCGACUUCUUCGCUCCCGCAGCAACACACCUCUUCCCUUCACUUUCCGAAGGCUCCCGACACACAUCCCCUCCAUCCUCACGCCUCACUCUAUCCCGGAUGAUCUUUCUCAUCCCCUCAGCCUUCCUCCUAUCCCUAGGCUACCUCCUCCUCGCCUCCCCCCUUCCACUAGCACACCCAGGCAUCUUCAACCUAACAACCGCCCUAAUCGGAUUCGGGUAUGGCAGCGCCUUUUCCCUCGCGCCCAUCAUCAUCUCCGUCGUCUGGGGCGUCGAGAACUUCGCCACAAAUUGGGGCAUUGUCGCCAUGAUGCCUGCAGCUGGUGCAGCGUUGUGGGGUAUUGUCUACUCCGCUGCUUAUCAAAAUGCCAUGGAUCACGGUGACGGCUUGUCUGAUGGCCAGUGUCAUGGAUGGCGAUGCUAUGGAUUCUGGGCUGUCGGUUGCACGGUCAGUGUUUGGGUUGCUGUUUUGGCUUGGUUGGCUGCUUGGAGGGGGUGGAAGAGGAGGGGGAUUGUUGUUUAG